UCAAGCCUUGUAAGGUUUCCAGAGAUUGAUAGAAAAUGGAACGUCUAAAAACUCUAGAUCUUUCUGGUUGUUAUAGAGUUGAAAAUUUAUCAGAGAAUUUGCAGCAAGCAAAGUUACGACCAAAUUUGUCUUCUCUUUUCAAGGUAAUCGUAGGAAGAAGGAAGAAUCCCAUGCCUCGUAUGUUGCCUUCGCUGUUAGGUUUGAGUUCAUUAAGAGAGCUAAAACUAAGGGACUGCAAUCUUUGUGAAGGAGAUAUUCCACGAGAUAUUUCUGGUCUAUCCUCUUUGAGACGUCUUGAUCUUAGUGGUAAUAAUUUCAUCAGCAUACCUGCAUCUCUUACUCGACUCUCGAAGCUUUCGUCUCUUGAUUUGUCAAAUUGCAACAUGGGCACUCUUGGUGAAGCAGAAAUUCACGGUCUAUCCUCUUUGAAAUGUCUUCGUCUUUGUGGUAACAAUUUCAUCACCAUUCGUUUGGCUCUUACUCAACUUUCCAGGCUUGAAUCACUUGUAUUAUCAAAUUGCAUGAAGCUUAAAUUGUUGUCUGAGCUACCGAUUAGUUUAGCAUGUGUGAUUAUAGAUGGUUGUUCUUCACUUGAAGUAGUUACAAGUCUAUCAAAAAUAUGCAAUUCAGUUAUAGCCAUUAACUGCUUCAAACUGGCUGCGAAUAUCAAUGCAAUAACACUGCUGAAAAAAUAUCUUAAGGCGUUUGGAAAUUCUAGAAAAUGUUUCAAGUAAUUAUCCCAGGAAGUGAAAUCCCAGAUUGGUUUAGCGAACAAAAAGUGAGUCGAGUCUUCAAUUAAGGUACCCUACCUAUCAACCUUCGAAAAGAUAGUCAAUGGGUUGGAGUUGCUUGUUGCUGCAUUUUCGUUAAUACUCAUGUUUCAACGGAUGUCCAACAUAUCGUGUUCGGAGAAUCUAUUUUUCGAGGUAGAAUUCGUCAACAGAUUAAAUGGAGAGGCAAGUUGGCGGGUAAAGGAUAUAACCAGCCCAUAAUGAAAGAUCACCUUUUUCUUUGUUAUUGGUCGCGUGAUGUAUUAGAUGUAUUUGCCUAUAAAUAUGGUUACAGUGAAACCAAUAAUUUAUGGACAACAGAUUGCUCAGAUGAGGAAUGCAAUAUGUUUGAGGUGGCGUUCACAGCUCCAGCUGGAUACAAAGCUAAGGUGAAGAAGUGUGGUGUUAGAUUAGUGUAUGAAAAAGAUUUGAAAGAAAUAAAAGAGUUGCAGUGCCAUACCA